AUGCAGCAACACAACGCGGCCGCCUUCGGCACCAUAGCCUCGGCAACCGCGGCUGGCACCCAACUCAGCGACAGCACUUGUUACAGGAAGAAACAGCGCCGGAACAGGACCACUUUUACCGUGCAACAGGUGAAAGAGCUGGAAAAAGUGUUCCAACGGACGCGAUACCCCGACGUGUUCACCAGAGAAGAGCUGGCGUUGAACAUCAACCUAUCCGAAGCUCGCAUCCAAGUAAACACUCUUCAAAUCUUAACCACCCGACAAUUUUUCCCAUCAUGCACUGCUGCCCAUUUCUGGUUCGUUCCGCUGAUCGGUGUUUCCUGUUCAUCGAGGCAUUAA